GAGCAGAAUCUGGCCACCUUUCCCACCAACAGACGAAGUGCAGGAGCACAAUCUUGGGCCAAAAUGACCCUAGAAAGACAUCCUCAGAUGCCCGACGAAGAAAAACCUUGCUAUCUCAGCGCGCUCGCGCCAGAGCUCUUCGAAAAUAUUUUGUCCCAUUUGGACUCGGUGCGCACCCUUAGCAACUUGAUCACCACCUCCCGCUUCGUCUUUCGGCACUUCGUGGGGCGAGAAGGGCCCAUCAUCUUGCGCAUCCUGCAAAAUGAGCUCGGCCCCGUUUUGACAGAUGCCAAGUUCCUCAACCGAUUGCGAUCUUCUUCUUCUCGCACCCUCUCCAGGAAUUGAGAUUCCACGCAACCACCACAGACUCACUGAAAUGCUCGCACACUUGGACAAACAGAGCAACACGGCGAUCACCGAGUCAUCUGGCAGCAUAUCGGGACCAGUGGGGAUCCCACAGUUCAAGUGGCCAGCUCCAACGAGACUCCGAGAUUUCAAUCAGGAUUGCAUCGCUCAGAAUCCUAAUUAUUGGCUCUGCUCUAGCUCGUUUUAUACAGGA